GAAGCAGCGGCGAAGGCGGCGGCGGUGGCGGCGGCAGCGCGGCUCGGUCUUCUGGCCCCUUCACUCCGCGCCUUCUGCAGCCGCCACUGCAGCCGCGCGGCGGGGGCUCCGUCCCUGCAGUCAGCUGGCGGCUCCAGCAGGGUACCUCUGCGAAGGAAAAGGCUGGUGGAGACACGUUCAAGGCGGGACCGGAGAGGAUCUCCUGGGCGUCACUAGCUCUCCGGCCGGCUUGCUUGCCAGCAGUCGCUCCCUCAGUCCUUGGCUUGCGCGCACAACUCCCUCCCGCGCCAGGGAGUAGUUUUGGGUGGCGUGGGCUCUGUCCUCUUCUUGACUGGUGGGAACGGUGUGCCCAAGAAAGGAAGCCUGGUGGGCCUGGCCCCUCCCAGCCCAGCUCCGAUGAGUGCCAGGGCGCCGAAAGAGCUGAGGCUGGCGCUGCCGCCUUGUCUCCUCAACCGGACCUUUGCCUCCCCCAACGCCAGCGGCAGCGGCAACGCAGGUGCCCGCGGUCCCGGCGCAGGUGGCGGCGGUGGCACCUGCAUCACGCAGGUGGGACAGCAGCUCUUCCAGUCUUUCUCCUCCACGCUGGUGCUGAUUGUCCUGGUCACACUCAUCUUCUGCCUCAUCGUGCUGUCCCUUUCCACCUUCCACAUCCACAAGCGUAGGAUGAAGAAGCGGAAGAUGCAGAGGGCUCAAGAGGAGUACGAGCGGGAUCACUGCAGUGGCAACCGCGGAGGAGGUGGGGGUCUGUCCCGGGCAGGUGGUCAGGCCCCAACCCAUGGAAAAGAAACCCGGCUGGAAAGGCAGCCCCGGGACUCUGCUUUCUGCGCCCCCUCCAAUGCCAUCUCUUCCUCCUCCUCCCCCUCCUCUUCAUCUCCUGGCCUCCCAUGCCAGGGUCCCUGUGCUCCUCCGCUUCCACCACCAGCCCCCAGUCCACAAGGAGCACAGGCAGCUUCUUCCUGUUUGGACACAGCUGGCGAGGGCCUUUUGCAAACGGUGGUACUGUCCUGAUUGUCGAGCUCUUUUCCUCACCCCUUCCUCGUUUCCAGCAUCUUUGUCAUCCUUGCUUUUUUCCCCUCCUUCCUUCCUUUUCCAUUUUCCUUUGUCCCCCCUUUCUUUCCUCUCCCUUCUUUCCUUAUCUGCCCUCCCCUUUACUCUGUUUCUCCUCUGCCGAGGCACUGUGCGGUAUUUGUAAAUAUUGGGCGAGGAAAGUCUCGGAAGAAGAAAUAACGCUGAUAAUAGUUUAUUAAUAUUUAUAGUAAUUAUUACAAUACUAAUAACACAAUCCAAGCGCAUGACAAAUCACAUGAUUUCUCAUUGUCAAUGAAAGAUGCAUCUUCCUUCCCCACCCCAGUGUCCCCCUCAAUAAGGAGGAGAAACCGCACAAGCUACCAAAUAUAUAAAAGGCAUUGACACCUGGAGCAAAGGGAGGCGAGGGGGCCCAGGAUUGUUGUAUAUAGCUGUCAAGUUAGGGUUUAGUUACCUUCCUGCCCCUCCUGCCAAGCUUUCACUUUUCUUUUAGCUUCUCUCCCCUCCCCUUUUCUCACCCUCAGCCGGGCUCAGCUAAUAGUAUAUUAUAAAGGAAACUUCUACAUUAAGCACCAGGACAAGAGACCACAGAAAAAGUCCCAGAAAAAACGUUUAGAACAGGUACCCCUCUCUAGUCACCCAUCUUUCUCACUCUUUGGUUAACCAUUACCUUUUCCAUGGCAGACAAUUUUAAUUUACUUUUAGAAAUAUCUCUCGCUGGCCGAGCACAAAAUCUUUAAAUGAGUUCAACAAUCUGCUUUCGCUCCCUGCCCUGCCCCACGUGUACACCAAUUAGUAAUUAGUGGCAUUUUCAGACGUCAGAGGAUCCAGGAGCUGUCCAGUCAGGUCUGGUGCUGAAAACGCCUCACCUUUAUGAUAACUUCCUUUGAUUGUACAGGCCAAGGAGGGGCUGUUUUAGAAAGUGACUCUACUGGUUUUGGUUGGUUUCUUUCUUCUUUUUCUACAUUCGGGUUAGAGUGUACUGUUGGUUUCCUUAUUAUUAAACGUUGCUUAAGUUACCUUUUUGUAAAAAAAAAAAAAGUAUUAGGUGAUGUGCAGUACUGAAAAUGCAGUAUCUAACCAACCAGACUGUUUCUGUUUUAUUUUUUAGAACAAGUGUACCUUUAUUAUAUAUUUAUUAUAUUGGUACCAAAUACAGAAGAAAACUAUAGUUCUGUACUACGUCCUUUAAACUGUAUAUUCUUGUUCUUACUUUCCAGCUGUUGAUAUAAUGGUUACCACUGGAUGAGGAAUUCAGUGGUACAGGCCUGGCUUCUGCUGUUUCCAGAAGUAUUCUUUUGUAUCUUACUCUGUAGUAGACUGUUAUAAAAAGAUGACACGUAUGUUUUCUUUUUUCUUCUGUGAAUAACAAAAACGACCACCACAACAGAAAACAAACCAGUAAUGGAUGUGCAGGAAUGCCAUCUAUUAAAACAUGGUUAAUA